AUGACCCUUCAUAUGGCUAUCAAGCGGCUGCCCCUGGCCCUCCGCCGCCGCAGUCGCAACCCCGUGCAAUGCGCCCACCGGGACCGCCAGGCUCAGCACGGCCACCUCCCGGAUACAACGAUGGGCGUGGCUACCCUGGUGGCAGACCACCUCCGCAGAAAAGUUCCAGGCCUCCGGGAUCUCGCCCUCCGCGACAAGGCGAGGGUUUCGACAGUCCUUUCCCUGCAGUUCCCCCAGGCCGAGACCCGCGAGACCCGAGAGCUAGAGAUCCCAGAGAUCCCAGAGAUCCGAGAGCUAGAGACCCGCGAGACCCGAGAGCUAGAGAUCCUAGGGAUCCUAGAGAUCCGAGAUCUAGAGACCCGCGAGACCCGCGAAACGGACGAGCUCCCCCUGGCGGAAUAG